AUCAUUUUGGAUUUAAUAAUGUGAAAACUUUUAAACAGCGGUACCUAAUAGCUGAUAAAUACUGGAAGGAAAAUGGUGGAUCAAUACUUUUCUACACUGGUAAUGAAGGGGACAUUACCUGGUUUUGCAAUAAUACGGGGUUUAUGUGGGAUGUGGCUGAGGAACUGAGCGCUAUGUUGGUGUUUGCUGAACAUCGAUACUAUGGAGAAUCCCUACCAUUUGGUGCCAGCUCAUUCAAGGAUUCCAGGCGCUUGAAUUUUCUGACAUCAGAACAAGCUCUGGCUGAUUUUGCAGAGUUAAUCAAACACUUGAAAAGAACAAUCCCAGGAGCUGAAAAUCAACCUGUCAUUGCCAUAGGGGGCUCUUAUGGUGGCAUGCUUGCAGCCUGGUUUAGGAUGAAAUAUCCUCAUAUGGUAGUUGGAGCUCUUGCAGCUUCUGCCCCUAUAUGGCAAUUUGAGGAUUUGGUACCUUGUAGUGUAUUUAUGAAGAUUGUAACUACAGAUUUUAGGAAAAGUGGUCCAAAUUGUUCAGAGAGCAUCCGCAAGUCCUGGGAUGCCAUUAAUCGUCUCUCAAAUACUGGUGGUGGUUUGCAGUGGCUUACCGAAGCCCUUCAUUUAUGCAAUCCAUUAACUUCUCAGGACAUUCGAAAAUUGAAAGACUGGAUCUCUGAAACCUGGGUGAAUCUGGCAAUGGUGGACUACCCUUAUGCAUCUAACUUUUUACAGCCUUUGCCUGCUUGGCCUAUCCAGGUAGUGUGCCAAUAUUUGAAAAAUCCUAAUGAAUCUGAUUCACUGCUGGUACAGAAUAUUUUCCUAGCUCUGAACGUGUAUUACAAUUACUCAGGCCAGGCAAAAUGCCUGAAUAUUUCAAAGACAGCAACUAGCAAUCUGGGAUCCCUGGGUUGGAGCUAUCAGGCCUGCACAGAAAUGGUCAUGCCCUUUUGUACUAAUGGUGUUGAUGACAUGUUUGAACCUUACAUGUGGAACUUGAAGGAAUUUUCUGAUAACUGUUUGAAACUGUGGGGUGUGAGACCAAGACCCUCCUGGAUCACUACUAUGUAUGGAGGCAAAAACAUUAGUUCACACACGAACAUUGUUUUCAGCAAUGGUGAACUAGACCCCUGGUCAGGAGGUGGAGUGACCAAGGACAUCACAGACACCUUGGUGGCAGUCACCAUCUCAGAGGGGGCCCAUCAUUUAGAUCUUCGAGCCAACAAUGCCUUAGAUCCCAUGUCUGUGCUGUUAGCCCGCUCUUUGGAAGUUAAACAUAUGAAGAAGUGGAUUAGAGAAUUCCAAGAGAGUGUGGAAAAGCAGCAAUGAGUGACUUUUUAUCAUUUUCAGUUUCUUGUUUUAUGUUCUCUCCACCCGCAUUCCCAUUUACUUUGGUUUUUAUAUGUAAUUACUUUCCUUCUCAUUAGAUUUGGUGGGGCCCAGGUUGAGAUAGAAGAGAGUGAUGGUAGUGAGAGCAGCCAUCCUACAUGUGUGAUUUCUGGGGUCCUUGCUGUGUUUGUGCCAUCUCCAGGAAGAAUCUCUUCAUGACAGCUCUCCCACACCAUCAGUGGCUCUCAUAACCGGAGCAGAGUUCCUGACUGCUUUUCAUAAGACAGAGAGUCACUUCCUUUGUUUCUCUGCAAGCAGGGAUUUCUCUUUGGUUUUGAGGUUGAAGUCUCUUUGGCCCAUUUGUAAUUCCCCACUCCUACUCUCCAAAAAAAGAAAAGCAGUAGAUAAGAAUGAUGAAAUUGCAGCUGGUAGGAAGGAUGUCCGAUGCCAAUUCAGGAAAUGGCAGCCAUUUCUUUUGUACUUGAUUUAAUGACUUUGGACUAUGCUGUAAAUAAAGAAUAAGGCUGGACCUUA